AUGUUUACCGCUCUCGGGCUCUUCAGUAAUCAACGCUGCCCUCAUGCCGACACUUGCAGUCGGCCGUUCUGCCUUUUCUCUCAUAGACAGGAUGCCCAGACAAUACCAUCCCUUCCUAUACCCGAAGCCUCUUCCUCUUCCUCUUCGCUUGCCACGACGUCUGUCGCCCCAAAAACAAUUCCAGCCAAGCGGCCCCUUGAGUUAUCCUCCCAUGCUCCUGCACUUGAAUCCAGACAGGGCACUGUAACCCCCUCCGAACCUCCCAGGCAAAGGCCGAAGUUUGCCACCUCUCAAAAGUCUGCCGCACCCUCAUCUAAUUCACAGUCAACUACUGGUGUACCCACUCUUAGAGUCAAUGCUGCACAAUCUCUAGUCGCGGUCCCUGUCCGCCAGACGAUGCUGAAGUCUCUGUAUGAGCAUUUCAAAGUUCUGUAUGCAUCCAUUUUGCAUGCGAACCCGACGUUGGCUUCUGAGCAUGCCCUUCGGCAAGAGGAGGAGGUGUACCGGACCUCCACUAAGCUAACGUACCGAAAUGCAGUCAUUAAUUCCAUUGCGGCACUGAAACGGAGGUCGGUUCCCGACUCUAUCUCUCACCCUUCUGUUGGCACAGAAGAGGAAAUCACAAAGCGCGCUGAGUCUAAGAAAGAAAUUGAAUGUCUUAAACUCACAGCAUCACUGCUGCAGCCCCUGCUCAUGACCUCAGAAACCAUGAAGAAAUGGGGGUACAUCACAGAUGUCCCUGACGGUCCUGGCAGCACCAGCCCUCAUGCAGAAGGAGAAGUAUUCACAUGCGAGCGCUGCAGUCUGUCGUAUCGAGUAGAAUCAAGGCCCUCACCUUCAGAGUGCACACAUCACUGGGGCAGACCUUUCACUAGGAGCGUGAAUGGAGAACGGCUACGGAUCUACUCAUGCUGCUCGAGAACAGCCGAGGAAGGUGGAUGCUCUGUUGGUUCCCACGUUUUCUACGAGUCAAAACCAGAAGAGCUACACAUACGUCACGCGUUCUCUUGCACACGAAGUGGUGAAAGCAGCUCCGAAGGCAAGGUCGCGGACGUGGUAGCCUUGGAUUGCGAGAUGAUUUACACCACCGGUGGCAUGAGAGUUGCACGAGUGUCCGUUGUGGAUGGGGCUGGAAAGGAAUUGUUGGAUGAACUCGUCCAGAUGGAUGAAGGCGUUGAAGUCAUAGAUCAUAAUACGCGGUUUUCCGGUAUCACCAAUGAAGAACUUGCGAAGGCGACGCGGACGUUAUCCGGGGUCCGCAAACUAUUGGAUGAGUAUAUUACUUCCGAAACGAUACUCAUAGGGCAUGCGCUGGAGAACGAUCUUAAGACGUUGCGAAUGAUUCAUACAAAAUGCGUCGACACCGCUAUCUUGUUCCCUCACCGAGCUGGACCACCAUAUAGGAGGUCUUUGCGUGACUUAGCUCGAGAGCAUUUGGGCAUUAAAAUCCAAUCGGGCGACGGCACGAUAGGACAUUCAUCCGUUGAAGAUUCCGUAGCAACUCUAGAUCUUGUACGUUGGUAUGUACUAUACAAGCAUCGGGGGUCAGCAACCACAACAGAGUCUUGAGUACCUCAAUGAAGUUAUUACACCACUUAUGAUGCGAGACCCUAGUGUGCGAAGGUAGUGUUAUAGAAUCACAAGUAAAGUGGGCUAUAAAGAUGGUGCUGGGCUGGGUCCAGGUGGCACUCAUAGACCAGGCUCACAUCAUCUUUGAGCCAAGAUUAUUGACGAACUCCUGUGAACUUUCCUGUUCCUCCACGCUGUCCGACUGAGUGACCACUCGCAACACUGACUUCUUGGAUGACUCUUGAAGCUCGCCAGCGAUAAUCAACUCGUCUAAGAUUGCGAAGGCCUUCUGGAAGUUGAAGAUCCUGGGGGACAUUACAGGCUGAAGUUCUGAAAACUACUCGGGCACUCACAAGUCAAGUUCGCAGACGUUGCCAAAGUAGCGAUCUAGAACCUCAACGUAACGAUGGAUGAUCUCCAGCGUGGUGAGUUCAUUGUCCCCUGCGCCAAUACCACAAACAAAGAACAGGGAAGCAUAUCGCCGGUACACAACCUUAGUAUCUUUGUACUCGAGGAAAUUGCACAUCCUUGUCCGGCGAGCGAGCACAAGCUGUGUGACGUCCUUGACGAUUUUGGCCUUCGCCUUUGGGGACAUUGUGGUAAACCAUUUGGCAAGACGCGUUUUACCUUGGCGGGAUACGAGGAGGAUGUAGUUGAU